AAGCGAAUUUAGAGGGUUAAGGCAACACCAUUUGAACUUUUUGGAGCGUCUUCGCCUCAAAUCGUUUGCUUUCAAUUUCAUUUGGACUUGAUUUGCCAGCUUUUUGCCUGCCACUCGAGUCAUUUGGAUAUUCGCAUUUUAUUACACACUCCGUUAAUUAGCCGGAGUUUUGCGUUGGGCUUAGUAUGGAUUGCAGGUGGAUAUAUUCAACGGCCUUUGCGCAAUCCGAGUUAGUCGCAUGCGCGGAUCGCCAAAGGACAGGUGACAAAUGGCGGGACUAACACUGCUGUUCGGCCUAAUCCUGGCCAGCUUCUGCGCGUGCUCCUCAAAUGCCGCCGAUACCGCCCAGAUACUGAGAUACGACAAUGAAAACUUAGACAGCGAUGGCUAUGCCUUCUCAUUUGAGACUAGCGAUGGUAUCUCGCGUGAGGAGAGGGCCACACUGAAAAAUCCUGGUACUCCCGAGGAGGCAAUCGCCGUCCAGGGCAGCGUCAAUUGGGUGGGACCCGAUGGUGUCCACUAUAAGCUGAACUAUCUGGCCGAUGAGAACGGUUUUCAGGCUCAGGGCGAACAUCUUCCGCAGGUGGAGCACUGA